CACCGGUUCAAUACUCUAACCGUUGAAUGUCACAAUCUCAACAACAACAAGGAACACAGUAGAGGUGAGAUUGAGAAGCAGCUUUGUAUGAAUAAUUUGAGCAAAGCAUACUUUUAGGUCAUAACAGUCAAUUUCAAAACUAUGGGGUAAAAACUAUAAUCUCUUAGAAACAUCGGCACGGGUGAGGAGGCGGAGGAAAGACAGAUGUUAACUUGCAGGAUUGAUCGUGUAGUUGGGUUUACUAGUAGAUGUCUUAAAUCGAAGCAAGAACGUUUCAGGAUCGUGAGCUUUAGGAGGAACUCUGCAAUGGAUGGAGGAAGCAAGAAGGAAAAGAUGGGGAAUUUAGUGUGGAGACCCAUCUCCACUCACUCCUCUUCCGUUGUUGAUUCAGAAGCAGCAGAAGGUCAGUGUAGCAAACCAAGUGGUGUUUCUGAGAGAGCACCAGUUGUUUCAAGUGCAAAGCAUUCAGUUUCUCUUGAGGUUGGGGCUUCUUUGAUGAAGUUCAUCAAAGGGAAAGAAGGGACUACACAGAUGAAAAUUGAAGAGGAGAUGGGAGUGAAGAUCAUUUUCCCAUCAUCAAGAAACGAAGAUCACAUCAUCAUUGAAGGUGGUUCGGUGGACUGUGUGAGCAAAGCUUCAGAAAGAAUAGCUACCAUUGUAGAUGAGGUUGUAAAAAGUCCAAGCCUUGACUACUCACACUUUGUAUCACUUCCAUUAGCCAUACACCCUGAGUUAGUGGCAAAGCUAGUCAAUUUUCAGAACUCUAUUCUCGGAAACAAUAGCCUAGCUGGUGAUAAACAAGACGUCCAGCCAGUGGAUGAAACCAGAUUAUAUACAUUGGCAGAGUUGGGAAUUGAAAAGUCCAUUUUCAUUAAGCCGAGUACUUUUCACUUGACUGUGCUUAUGCUAAAGCUAUGGAACAAAGAUCGAGUCAAUGCGGCUCGUGAUGUUCUGAAGAGUAUAUCUCCUAGUAUGAUGGAUGCUUUGGAUAACAGGCCAUUGUUCAUUAGACUUAAAGGACUGGAUUGUAUGAGAGGAUCAUUAGCUAAGGCUCGUGUGCUCUACAUUCCUGUUGAAGAAAUUGGUGAUGAAGGACGGCUUUUACGUGCUUGUAAAGUUAUUACUGAUGCAUUUGUGAAAGCUGGACUUGUUCUUGAAAAAGAUGCAAACCAAAGCUUGAAGCUGCAUGCGACCGUGAUGAAUGCAAGGCAUAGGAAAAGAAAGGACAAGAGAAAGAAGAUGGAUACGUUUGAUGCAAGGGAGAUACAUAAACAGUUUGGAAUCGAAGAUUGGGGAGAGUAUCUGAUCCAAGAAGUUCAUCUCUCUCAGCGUUUUGUGUUUGACCAGAGCGGCUAUUACCGUUGCUGUGCUUCCAUACCCUUUCCUGGAGGACAUAGAGACUAAGAAGAAACAUCGAACCGGCCAGAGUCUCAAGUCUCAAGCUUUCUUCACAGUCCUGAGUCCCAACAUGUCUCUCUCCUCUGUUUGUUAUCUAUAGGGGUGUCAAUUGGUUGGGCCACCCAUGGGCUAACCCAUUCCAAACAAACAUGGGUGGGUGAUGGUCAUACCCAAAUAAUUAAUGGUCCAAUUGGGUUAAAGACCCACUUUGCCCAUGGGCUAACUGGUCCAAACCAAAUGGGUGUUGGGCUGGCCCAAAAACUUAAUUUCUAGGGUUUAGAGAAUUUGGGAAAAAAUUAAUCAGAAAUAAUAUUUCACGAUUCUUCUCUUCUCUCUCGCGAUUCUCUCUUCUCUCCCAGAUUUCUCUUCAUCUACUGUUCUUGUGUUCAUCCAUACGAUUCUCUCUUCCCUCCCAUCGAUUCCCUUCUUCAGUUCUCUACAAUUUCAGCCAGUUGGUUUGGGGAAGAUCGCUAAACAUAUUAACGCUGGGCAGAUAGAUUCCCAUGAGUUGAUCAAGAUGAAAACGCUCAAGGUUUGGUCGUGGUGCUGUGGGUGAUGUGCUGAUGAUAUUAAAUAGAAGAAAGAGUUAUUGAGUUAGACUGUAGCAAAGCAAUACUCUGCUCGGCAAAGGAUACCUCCACCUCCUGAAACUGCAGAAAAACCCUUCAGAGCCUUAAUCUUUGACAGGUGAUGAGUCUCUUGAGAAGAUAGAAGAGGAGAAAGAAGAAGAGGAGAAAGAGAAGGAGAAAGAAGAAGAGAGUGGAGAAUCUAUAGACUUGAAUUGAGGUAUUAGAGCAAGAAAGUCAACAAUAUUUGGGGAUCAAUAUGUGCAUUUCAACGUCAGCAUCCCUACGCUGAAGACAAGUAAAGAAGCUGGAAGCUGGAGCAAAGUGAAUCAUGAUAUCAGAGUUAUAACUUUUUUUUUACAUAAAACAUAGAGUUAUGAAAAACUGAAGUAUAUUGAAUUUAAUUUACAUCACAUUUGUAUUCAGAAAUUUUCAAUGACAUUAAAAUUGAGUUUAGAUUGAGUUUAUA